AUGAUGUUUGAACAGACUAAUAUUGUUGUCAGAUGUAUGGUUUUCCUAAUUCUAAUUUUACAAUUAGGUCUUGUUUUGGCUUUUACUGAUACCAAUGAUGAUUUGGUAUCACUUAAUUUCGAAGAUAAUAUUGAUGGAAAAUUUCUAUCAUUUUCUAAAAUGAAUAUUCGUCUUUCACGUCAAUCAAAUCUCGAUUUAUCACCAUCACGAACAAUUUCUUCAUCACAAUAUGAACGAUUAAUUAAUUUAAAUAAUGAUUAUCAAUAUUAUACAUUAAAAGUUCAUUUUAAACGUGGUACAAUACAAGAUUAUGUUAUGACAUCCAUACCAAUGUGUUUGAUUUUACAAACACAAUUUCAAUAUACUGUUACUUUAUUUAUUAAUGAAAAUGGUUAUAUUGUUGGUGUACAAGUUACAACUGGUAAUUCGACAUGUAAUCUUUCGGAUAUAAACAAAGCUGAAGAAAAACAUGAAUUUAAUUAUAAAGUUACAAUGCGUUUACAAUUAAAUGAAGUUGGACCACAACCUGAAGUACAACAAUUUUUGGAUAAACUUAAACGACAACAAGAAGCAAAAUUAAAUUCACAAGAAAAUGAUAAUCGACCAUUUCUUCUCAAAUAUUGGAAAUAUUUGUUACCAAUUGUUGUCAUUGUACUUCUUCAAAAUGUUUUUACUAAUGAUGCUGGUGGUGGCCAGGCUGCUAGUGGACAAUAA